AAAAACGAAGAUGGCGGACGAACUAGACCGAGUUCGGAUUUCAGCUGCGGAGCUGCGAGCUGAAGCGUCGACUUUGACCAACCAUCACGACGAUUGUCACAGAGAGGAGCGAGGAGAGGAGGGACGUGGCCAACGACAGCAGCGUCACCACGGCAACGACCCGUCAAAACGCCCUGACCUGCAGCGCUACAUGCCCGGGGUUGGCCACGGCAACCGUCACCAUGACAGCGAGGACGGCGGCGUAGUCAUCUCCCCCGGAGACCCGUUAGCCAUGACUUCUGACCCUGAGGUGGAACUGGUGAUGUCAUGGCCACAGGAAGAGGGAGAAGAAGGACACAACAUGGCCGCCACUGAGACCGUUUCAACUGAACCUGGAUGUGUAGAUGGAGAGAUGGGGAAAGGAGGAGGAGAGAAAUGUGGAGGAGGUUUUACUUCAAACCGGGGUGGAUGCUCUCGAGCGCCUGCACAACAGAGGACUCGAAGAGGUGACCACCACACCACCAGAGCAGACAACAACAACAACAACAGUAGUAGCAGUAGUGCAAAGGGACCGUCAGGCUCAGCUAACCGACCACAGAACUCCAGACAGAGGGAUGAGGUGAGAGGGAAGAACCACAGGGGUGGAGAACCAUCAGGGCGUUCCCCUGGCUCUCCCAAAGCCACCAGGAAGACCCGUAAACCUGACCGAGAGAUCUACCAGCCUGGGGGUCGGAGGAGCACCACCACCACCACCCAGGGGGAAGAGGGAAGAGAGACAGAGAAACCUGCCCCUGAUCCCCCUGAUCCUGUCAGAGAGGAAAGCCAAGCCAGGAGGGAACCAGUCGUAUGGAGAGAGACAGAGGAAGAUGGCAGAGGGGGUGAAGAGACAGGCAGAAGGCAGGGGAGGAGAGAAACAGGAAAAGCAGCCGUCUUAGACCAUGGAGUAGAGAACCUGACUGGGAAGAUACAGACACUCUGUGUGACUGCCCCACCUGAGAGAGAAGAGGAGGGGAAGGGAGGAGAGGGUGAGGAAGGAGUAGGCAGGAGGAAGAAGGCAAGCGGUGAGGGCAGGAGGAGCAGAGCUGGAGGCGGAGGCAAGGGACGAGUAGGAGGAGGAAAUGAAGGAUGCGAGAAGACUGAGGAGGAGAAGAAGAAGAGAGAGAGGGGAAACCGCAGGAACAGAGGAGGGGGGGAGAAAGGAGGGAAUCAGGACUCCAGGAGAAGAGGAGGAGGAGGAGAGGGUGAGCGAGGGAUGACCGAGAGAGACAGGAGAGCGUCGGAAGAAGAUGGAGAGAGGGAAGCGAACCGUCCUGCAGAUGCACAGCCAGCAAAGGGAAGAGAAAAACGGAGGGAUAGAGAUACAGAGAGAGACAACCAGAGAGGCAACAACAGACCCCAACCUCUACCCUCAGAUAUAAACAGAGAGAAGAAUGGAGAGAAAGACGGGAAUGUAGAGAUGCAGAGAAACAGAGAUAGGAGUGAGAGAUGCAGGGCUAACACUAACAACCACCGCCACUCGUCAUCUUCCUCUAAGCACAGCUCCAAGUCAAACAUCAGAAGACCCAGGAUUCGCACCUACAGCACCAGUUCUGCCAGCAGUGGCGCCAGCCUGGACGGACUGGGACAAGGGGAGGAUCGGAGGGAGGACAGGGCCCGACGAGACCGACUGGGGCACAGGGAGAGAGACGGAGGAGAGGGAGGAGGAGGUCAGCUACCAAACAGGAGGAGAAACACUCGAGACUCCUCAACAGACUCACUGGAGGAGAGGAGGCGAGAUGGAGGAGAGGAGUACUUGAGCCCCCUGUGGAGGAGAGGGGAGGAGGAGAGCAGAGGGGGAGAGGACAGAGGGGGGGGGAGAGGAGGGCUCCUGAAAGAGUCUCAGAGCGACAGACAGUCAGGUACCUCCCUCGCCACCUCAGGCCCCAGCGAUGACCCCCAGGGGCGCCUCAGGCAGGGCACUGUGCCUCGUGGUAAGGAGAGGGGCAUUCUCAUCCUCCCCGCCCACACUGACCUCUCCAAUUCGCCGACGGAGCCCGGGCCAAGGCUCCUGUUUGGUGGGAUUCGUGGAGGAAAAGAGGCGGGACUAGGGAGAGGAGGAAGGGGCGGAGGAACAAGGCGGCUCUGGGAUCCCAACAACCCCGACCAGAAACCCGCUCUCCGGCUCUCCCAGCAUGCCUCUCUCCAGCAGCAGCAGCCCAUGUACCUGCAGACGGGCGGCGGUUACGGAGCGCUGCACUUCCUGGAUACGGACGACGAGGCUGCAGGGAGUCCCCCGGUCCGCCAGGGGGAGCACUUCUACCCCCAGCAGGAGGCCGCAGCCAUGGCCCAGGCCUUCUACAAGUACCAGAACUCUGACAACCCUUACCCUUACAACGCCAACCCUAAUGCACGUUACCCGUACCCCUACCACACUAUGCCUACCACCCCCUACCAGAUGCCCUCCUCCAAUGGCAUUUACCCAGCCCAGUUUUACGGGGAGUAUAGGGGCCAGGGGUACCAGACUGGGGCUGGAGCAGGUCUGACACCAGAGGAGGUGGAGCAGCAGGCCAGGGGAGAGCUGGGGAGACAGCUGAGGGCUGCAGACAGCCAGGAGUUACAACUCAGCAACCUCCUAUCUAGAGACAGACUCAGUGCUGACGGACUGGACCGCAUGGCUCAACUCAGAGCUGACCUGUUGACCCUGUACGAGCGGGUGAUCCUAACAGACAUAGAGUUCAGUGACAGUCAGAAUCUGGACCAGGCUCUAUGGAAGAACGUGUUCUACCAGGUUAUAGAGCGCUUCAGACAGCUCCUCAAAGACCCUAGUGGAGACUCAACCCUGCGCAUCACCCCCAUGCUGCUCACUCUGCUGGACGAGGGGACGGUAUUCUUUGAUGCACUGCUGCAGAAGCUUCAGACGGUGUUUCAAUUUAAACUGGAGGAUUACAUGGACGGCAUGGCCAUUCCACUACGCAAGACGGUGAAGUAUGCUCUGAUCAGUGCCCAGCGGUGUUUGAUCUGUCAGGGGGACAUCGCCCGUUACCGGGAGCAGGCCAGCGACUCGGCGAACUACGGCAAGGCCCGCAGCUGGUACCUGAAGGCCCAGCAGAUUGCUCCUAAGAACGGACGGCCUUACAACCAGCUGGCCCUGCUGGCUGUUUACACGAAGAGGAAGUUGGAUGCAGUGUAUUACUACAUGCGUAGCCUUGCUGCCUCCAACCCCAUCCUCACUGCCAAGGAGAGUCUCAUGAGUCUGUUUGAAGAGGCCAAACGCAAGGCGGACCAGAUGGAGCGGAGGAGGAAGCAGGAGUCGGAGGGGGGGUCCAGGGGCCCCGGGGUCCGAGGAGGAGGACGGGGGGAGGAGGGGGCCAGGGUGGAGAUCUGGGUCGGCCCUAUUGGACAGGCAGGGGUUCCAUCAUCACACCGCGGAGGCAGCGAGUCCAGCAGAGACUCUGAACAGGAAGGGGAACUGGGUAACCUCAGCCCGAGUGAUCUCAAUAAGAGGUUUACUCUCAGCUUCCUCCACGCUCACGGAAAACUCUUCACUAAAGUGGGCAUGGAGUCGUUCCCUUCGGUGGCCAGUCGGGUUCUCCAGGAGUUCACGGUGCUGCUCCAACACAGCCCCUCCCCUCUGGGCAGCACACGCAUGUUGCAGAUCAUCACCAUCAACAUGUUCACGAUACACAACGCUCAGAGCAGAGGAGGAGACAGUGAGGUGAGAUCUGUGUUACAGGAACAGACUACAGCUCUGGGUCUGGCCAUGUUCUCUCUGCUGGUCCAACGCUGCACAGAGCUGCUGAGAGACACACCCGCAGAGCCCAUCCCAGAGGAGGAGAGAGAAGACGGGCAGGAGGGGAUGGUGAGAGUUUCUGCCUUUCCAUUGGACCUGAGGGAGCUGCUGCCUAGCGUCAAGGUCUGGUCUGAUUGGAUGCUUGGACACCCCAACCAAUGGAAUCCUCCACCUUGCCGUAUAGACUGUAGUCUUGAUGUGUGGCGUAGCCUGGCAGACCUGUGUAAUGCGUUGGCGCGUGUCGACCACGGCGAGGCGCCUCUGUACAAGGCAGACGGGGACGGAGGCGAGGGGGAUGAGGAGCUCCGCCUGCUGCUAUUGGAGGAGGACAGGCUACUGGCCGGCUUCGUCCCGCUGCUCGCCGCCCCACAGGAACCCUGCUACGUAGACUGCACCGGGGAUACAGCGAUAGCUGCUGACUGUAAAAGGGUAACAGUAUUGAAGUAUUUCCUGGAGGCUCUGUGUGGACAGGAAGAACCUCUCCUGGCUUUUAAAGGAGGGAAGUACGUCUCCAUGGCAACCUCUCCCCAACCCGGUCUCCCCGGCGACGCCCGCAGCAGGCAGGACUCGCAGACAGAGAGAGGUAGUGAUGACGUCAUCGUGGAGGCGGAGUCGUCUGUGUCGGACGGUGAUGAUGGUAGUGAGGAUGACAUCCGAGAGCUCCGGGCCAGACGCAGCGCCCUCACCAACAAACUGGCUGAGCAGCAGAGACGCAGGGACAAGAUACAGGCGGUGUUACAGACGUGUGGUCAGUUGGAGUUAGAGGUCCGUCCUCUUUUCCUGGUCCCCGACACCAACGGUUUCAUCGACCACCUCACCGGCCUCAAGACGCUGCUUCAGGCUGGGACGUACAUUGUGGUGGUGCCCCUCAUCGUGAUAACAGAGUUGGAUGGUCUGGCAAAGGGGCAGGAGAACUGCGAUGGCUCUGGCAGUGGGCGUGGUGGCAGUGGUUGUCGUGGAAACAGCGGUGGUGGUGGACCGACCCACGCCCGGUCGGUCCAGGAGAAAGCUAAGGUUGCUGUGGCGUUUCUGGAGCGAGGGUUCGAGGCCAGGGAGCCCUGUCUCAGAGCGCUGACCAGCAGAGGAAGUCAACUUGAGUCUAUCGCCUUCCGCAGCGAAGACACCUCCGGACAACAGGGAAACAAUGAUGAUGUCAUCUUGUCCUGCUGUCUCCACUACUGCAAAGAUGAGGCUAAAAGCUUGAUGCCUGCACAGACAAACGGUCCGGUGCGUUUGCGUCGGGAGGUGGUUCUCCUGACAGAUGACCGUAACCUGCGGGUCAAAGCCCUGACCAGGAAUGUGCCGGUCAGGGACAUUCCUGCCUUCCUCACCUGGGCCAAAGUGGGCUGAACCGGGUCACACACAGACCACGCCCAGAGCACCCAGACAACCAAUCAACUGCUGAGAACCGCUGGCCACCUCCCACACCACCUUGGAGUGGAGAAGGAGAAUAUACGCUAAUGCAGAAGAGAAGACUGUUGGGGGGGAGAGAGACGAAGGAGAAACUCAUUUUUUUUGUUGGUGGAAAAGCUCAAAUGAAAACAAAAAAAAAGCUUCUUUUUUUUUGGAGGAGUGGAAUGAGUUGAAUUGUCUGAGAGCUUUUUUCUCCUCUCGUUGUGGUGAGGUGUGUUUGUUAAUAACUGCUUCUCUCAGAGGGAGGGAGGACAGGAGCAGAGAGAGAUGCAGGAAGAACUGAGGAAGAGAGAGAGAGGGAAGAGAGGAGGUGUGUGAGUGUGUGUUAUUAUCUGGCUUUUCCAUUCUAGCCGUGCGCCCUUCAUAACUUCUGCAGUGUGUUCACAAGGCCAGCAGCAGUAUUUACCUCUGUGGAAACGACAGAGCAGAGAAGGAAUAGAGAGAGAGAGAGAGGUUAGGGCUGAGGAAGAAGGCUGUAGCCUGACUGAAGACUUAUCACUGGCUGUGUGAUUUGUCUGUUGAACUGCCAUCUUGUCUGUAACCCCAGAGCAGCACAGAGAGAGGCCCUGUAGUGGCAAGGAGGGAGGCUGUGGUGAUGGGUUACCAGGUUCUGGUGUAUUAGAUAGGGGAUUGGUACCCCCACCUUAAUCUCCUUGACGCGGAGCCACGCGCUCAGCCUCGGAUGGCCAGGAUGUGGUUUGCAUCCCAGUUGCCCAGCAACAGUGUUGGUGAUGUUAGUACCCCCAGCAGCUUGAUGGUGACGGAGUCAUUUCCAUGUUGGGGUUUCUGUAAAAGAGCCGCUUUAAAAAAAAUAUCAAAAGACGAAGAAAAUAGACUUUUUCUGAUUUAGCAUUGUGGAUGUGGCGGUGUGUUUUAGUUGGUAUCCAUUGUGUGUGUGUGUGCGUACGUGUUUGUGUGUGAUGUUUAUGCUCUACAGAAGAGCUCGUCUUUCUGCUUACAUUUUUUUUUUUCACCCACAAACCGUUUUGGUUUGUUUUAAGUUUUUUUUUAACAAGUCAAAUAAGAUUUGAAUGUUUUAUUUCAUCAUAUAUUUAGUUUGUUUCUCUUGGGUUUUUACCACCACCUGUGGGGGUAACUCAACAGCUUGUUCAGCUUCUAUUCAUUAUCUAUCUAGUUUUCUUCACAUUGAGUACAGAACUCUGCUGAUCUGAGUGAACAUAUCUAGACUGGCUAGAUAUGUUCAGUAAUAGGAUUUCUCGUAACUGGUAAUGGGUUGAUUUUUUCCCUUUUCUCCCUAAGAAUAAAACAAGGUAAGGCGAUAAAUACAAUUUGCCUCAGACAAAUUGUCCGGGAAGAAUCCCAUUUGCAAAAUAUUGUUUUUGUUGUUGUUGUUGUUGAUGGAAAUACAUUUAUCAGGUCCUGCUUAUCGGCCUGUAGGUAAAUAAUAAUUAAGUGGAAUUAAAUUGUCGCGUCCCAUCUUCCCACGGCAUACAGAGACCUGAACAUCACCUGUCAGACAGAGCUGCUGCUGCUGAGCCUCUGGUUCAGCUCGUUGCUGGACUGAAAAGCACUUUUACAAGCCCAGUUAUUAUUACGCAACAAUUCUAAAUGCAAUCGCGUGUUAAAACAGUUUUGAUUGCCACGAUUUAAAACAUUUAAAAAUAACUACUAUUUUUAUUUCUCAACUGGUACGCCUUAUUGAAGUGCGCCUCCAAUUUGAGUGCAUAUGCAACGGUAAGCAGUCUAUCAGCGCCUCACCCACCACCUGGCAGUGUGAGCUGGAGGCAUUAUGAAAACAGGGCUUUCAGAAAGUAUUCACACCACUUGAUGUUUUCUACAUUUUGUUCUUAAAAAGCCUGAAUAUAAAAUGGAUUUGAUUUUGUGUCACUGAUCUACACACAAUACCCCAUAAUGACAUCACAAUACCCCGUAAUGACAUCACAAUACUCCAUAAUGACAUCACGAUACUCCAUAAUGACAUCACAAUACUCCAUAAUGACAUCACAAUACCCCAUAAUGACAUCACAAUACCCCAUAAUGACAAAGUGGAAUUAUGUUUUUAGAAAAUGAACUAAAAAUGAAAGGCUGCAAUGUCUUGAGUCAAUAAGUAUUCAAACCCUUUUGUUAUGGCAAUCCUCAAUAAGCUUAACAAGUCACAUAAUAAGUUGCAUGGACUGAGUGUGCAAUAAUGUUCAACAUGAUUUUUAAAUGUCUAAAUGACUCAUUUCAAGCACAGAUUCAACCAGGGAGGUUUUCCAACGGUUCUCAAAGCAAGGCACCUGUUGGUAAAAACAAAGAAAGCAGACAUUGAAUAUCCCUUUGAGCCUGGUGAAGUUAUUCAAUACACCCAGUCACUACAAAGAUACAGGCGCCCUUCCUAACUCAGUUGCCGGAGAGGAAAGAAACCGCUCAGGAAUUUCACCAUGAGGCCAAUUGUGAUUUUAAAAUGGUUACAAGGUUUAAUGGCUGAGAUAGUAGAUAACUAAGGAUGGGUCAACAACAUUGUAUUUACUCCACAAUACUAACCUAAUUGACAGAGUGAAAACUAUUCCACAACAUCCCAUCCUGUUUGCAAUAACGCACUAAAGUAAUACUGCAAAAAAAAUUGCAGAAGAAUUGAACUUUUUGUCCAUAAUAUAAAGUGUUAUAUUUGGGUCAAAUACAACUUAUUACUGAGUACCACUCUUCGUAUUUUCAAGCAUAGUGGUGGCUUUUCAUGCAUAGUGGUGGCUCCCAGACACUGGGAGAUGAAUUCACCUUUCAGCAGGACAAUAACCUAAAACAUACACACUGGAAAUGCUUACCUAGACAACAUUAGAUGUUCCUGACUGGCCGAGUUACAGUUUUUACGUAAAUUGGAAUUAAAUCUAUGGCAAGACUUGGAAAUGGCUGUCUAGCAAUGAUCAACAAACAACUUGACAGAGUUUGAACAAUUUUUGUAAGAAUAAGUGCAAAUGUUGUACAAUCCCGGUGUGCAAAGCUCUUAGACAUACCCAGAAAGACUCUCAGCUGUAAUCGCUGAUAAAGGUGAUUCUAACAUGUAUUGACUCCGGGGGUUGAAUACUUAUCUAAUCAAUAUAUAUUUAUUUGUGUUUUGAAUUUUUCUUUGACAGAGUAUUUUGUGUAGAUCGUUGACCGAAAAAUCAAUUUUAAUCCCAGUUUGUAACGUAAGAAAAUGUGGAAAUAGUUAAGCGGUGUGAAUACUUUCUGAAGGCACCCGAAAGGUUUUACUUCAUAUUAUGAGGCAUGUCUUACAAGGUUCAACCAUAAACUUGAUUUUUUUUUAACCUUUAUUUAACCAGGCAAGUCAGUUAAGAACAAAUUCUUAUUUUCAAUGACGGCCUAGGAACAGUGGGUUAACUGCCUGUUCAGGGGCAGAACAACAGAUUUGUACCUUGUCAGCUCGGGGGUUUGAUCUCUCAACCUUCCGGUUCCUAGUCCAACGCUCCUAGUCUAACCACUAGGCUACACUGCUGCCCAUGGAGGGAAAUAUUUUAUAAAGACUUCCUCAUUAAGCCAUUUCUCUCCUAUUCUAUUGGUUUUUCAUAUCAACAAUGCACCGUUAGAUCCUCUUUCUAACAGAGAUGAUGAUCUGAGAUGAUCUGUGUUUACAACGGUAUGUGGACAUCACAAAAUAGUGGAUUUCCGUUGCUGACAGGUGUAUCAAAAUCGAGCACACAACCAUGCAAUCUCCAUAGACAAACAUUGGCAGUAGAAUGGCCUUACUGAAGAGCUCAGUGACUUUCAACGUGAUGCCACCUUUCCAACAAGUCAGUUUGUCAAAUGUCUGCCCUGCUAAAGCUGCCCCGGUCAACUGUAGGUGUUGUUAUUGUGAAGUUGAAACGUCUAGGAGCAACAACGGCUCAGCUGCGAAGUGGUAGGCCACACAAGCUCACAGAACGGAACCGCCGAGUGCUGUGGCGCGUAAAAAUCAUCUGUCCUCGUGGAACGGAUGUGAAACGGCUAGCUUAGUUAGCGGUGCAAUCGGUGACGUCACUUGCUCUGAGACCUUGAAGUAGUAGUUCCCCUUUGCUCUGCAAGGGCCGCGGCUUUUGUGGAGCGAUGGGUAAUGAUGCUUCGUGGUUGACUGUUGUUGAUGUGUGCAGGGUGUCCCUGGUUCGCGCCCGGGUAUGGGCGAAGGGACGGUCGACAGUUAUACUGUUACACUCGGUUGCAACACUCACCACAGAGUUCUAAACUGCCUCUGGAAGCAACGUCAGCACAAGAACUGUUCAUCGGUAGCUUCAUGAAAUGGGUUUCCGUGGCCGAGCAGCUGCACACAAGCCUAAGAUCAUUGUGCGCAAUGCCAAGCGUCGGCUGGAGUGGUGUUAAAGGUCGCGGUCGGUGGAAACGUAUUCUCUGAAGGGUUGAAUCACGCUUCACCAUCUGGCAGUCCGAGGGAUGAAUCUAGGUUUGGUGGAUACUAGGAGGACGCUACCUGCCCCAAUGCAUUGUGCCAACUGUAAAGUUUGGUGGAGGAGGGAUAAUGGUCUGGGGCUGUUUUUCAUGGUUCCGGCCCCUUAGUUCCAGUGAAGGGAAAUAAUUAAAUUCCAUCACACAAUGACAUUCUAGACGAUUCUGUGCUUCCAACAUUGUGGCAACAGUUUGGGGAAGGCCCUUUCCUGUUUCAGCAUGACAAUGCCCCUGUGCACAAAGCCAGGUCCACACAGAAAUGGUUUGUCGAGAUCAAUGUGGAAGAACUUGACUGGCCUGCACAUUGCCCUGAUCUAAACCCCAUCGAACACCUUUGGGAUGAAUUGGAACGCCAACUGCCUAAUCGCCCAACAUCAGUGCCCAACGUCACUAAUGCUCUUGUGGCUGAAUGGAAGCAAGUCCCUGCAGCAAUGUUCCAACAUUUAAUGGAAAGCCUUCCCAGAAGAGUGGAGGCUAUUAUAGCAGCAAAGGGGGGAACCAGCUCCAUAUUAAAUGGCCAUGAUGAAUAAACAUAAUCCAAAUGUGAUUUCUGUCAUUCUGAACACCGUGGGUGAAUACACUAAAUGGGUUGAUGCAGCCGAUGCAUAAUGGUCCGCAAAAUUUUUCAGAUUUCGACUGGUUACGCAAACAACUCUUCGUGAACCCGCGUCACAGUACUUUCGCAACCAUACAACGUCCCACACGCUGUAAACAAAUAUAACAUCUGUGAAUGACAUUUACUUGACGUAAAUGUUCCAGUCGGCAUGUUGUGAUCGUUUUAUUUUGCGUGCUCACGUUGUGUUACCAGUUCUACAGACCGUCCAGAGUUAGUCAGCCCUCUGUUUAUUACCAGUCUAUAUGACAGGAACACACACGUCUGUAACAGUCUGUUAGCCAGGUCUAUGAACUACAGAUAACAUUAGUUGAUACUCUCGAUCAUUUGGUCUUUACCUUUGUGUGUGCUUGUGUGUACACUUUUAAUUUAUUCAAGAAUAUUUGGGUGAAACUAGCUAGCUAACUGAAAUCACAGGCCUGCAUGUCCGAGCCUCUCAAUGCUUUUCCAUUUUCUGUUUGAAUAAAGUAUUUGUUUUUGAUUAAAA